GAUUUAGGUUGGUAACAACAACUCGAUAUAAUAACAAUAAUAAUCUGUCAAAAGUUAAUGUUUUAUUUUUCGAUAUAUUAAAUAAAUAAAUAGAAUGCCUAAAGUUAGAAGGAGUAAAAAAGCACCCCCCGAAGGAUGGGAAUUAAUUGAACCCACUUUAGACGAGUUAGAACAAAAAAUGAGAGAGGCCGAAACUGAAUCUCACGAGGGUAAACGCAAACAAGAGUCGCUUUGGCCUAUAUUUAAGAUACACCAUCAAAAAUCGAGGUACAUUUACGAUUUAUUUUAUCGAAGAAAAGCGAUUAGUAGGGAGUUGUACGAUUAUUGUUUAAACGAAAAUAUCGCCGAUAAAAAUUUGAUUGCGAAGUGGAAAAAGCCGGGUUAUGAAAAUUUAUGUUGUUUAAGAUGUAUUCAAACGCGAGAUACAAAUUUUGGAACUAAUUGUAUUUGUAGAGUACCUAAAGGAAAAUUGGAGGAGGGAAGGAUUGUUGAAUGCGUUCAUUGCGGAUGCCGUGGGUGUUCUGGAUAAUUAAUUUAAGAUAAUUUUAUGUAUUAAUAAAGAAUUAAAAAAUUAAAUUUUAUCCGCUAGA